GGAGUCAGGGCUGGAAUUUCGCAGGGAAAGCCCAGCGGUUGCAGCUGCGGCGGAUCUCGGCCCUGCCCGCCGCGCGCCGGGGCAGCCUGGGGCCGGAGAGCAGCUCCGCAAAGUAGCGGAGCGAGAGGAGGCGGAGCGCCCGCAAAGUGGUCGGGCUUGGCGCGGGGGCUGCUCUGGGAGAGGUGUGCCCAGGGAGCCCGGCGCCCUUGUGCCUCGCGCGGAGCGGCCCGUGCACCCGGGAGGCGAGCUGUAGAAAGAGAAAUCAAAUUGCAGCCUCCCCACAGACGCCGGGUUGCGCAGCCGAGCCAGCCCCGGAGAUUGUUCGCAAGCGCGCGUGGCGCCGCACCGCGCCGCAGCAGAGCCCCCCCGGGCCCGCCGUCUGGGAGCGGGAGCUGUCCGAGAGCCCAGGGUCCGGCCGGAGUGCACCCGGGUGCAGAGGGGCGCGUGCGAGGCCCCUCCGGCCGGCCUGCAGCCCGCGCCCUACUUGGGCGCCCCCUCCGUCCCACUCCGGGAGCGAUGCCCCCCACCCCUCGCGACCCCCGAGAACGUCGCGAGCAUGGAGAAGUCGAGUAGCGAGGAUUCUUCGAUCCACCGGAGCCCAUCUUUGGACAGCAAGGACUCGGACUUUGCCAAGCCGUCCACCUCGGGCCGCCCGUUCGGCCGCGGCUUCACGGCCGGCGCCUUCUAUGGCACCGCGGGCUCCCGGGGCCAGAGCCGCGCCGAGGGCGGCGUGAAGACUAAGUACAGCACACCCAAAGGCAGCAAGUACGUGGUGUUUUACCUGGAUCUGUCCUUUGUUUUCCUCCUAGAAUUUAAGAAGUGCAACAUGGCCAGGGGCUGCCUCUGCUGCUUGAAGUACAUGAUGUUCCUCUUCAAUUUGAUAUUCUGGCUCUGUGGCUGUGGGCUGCUUGGAGUGGGCAUCUGGCUGUCUGUGUCCCAGGGCAACUUCGCCACCUUCUCCCCCAGCUUCCCCUCACUGUCUGCAGCCAACCUGGUCAUUGCCAUCGGGACCGUCGUCAUGGUGACAGGCUUCCUCGGCUGCCUGGGGGCCAUCAAGGAAAACAAGUGCCUCCUCCUCAGUUUUUUCAUUGUCCUGCUGACCAUCCUCCUAGCAGAGCUGAUCCUGCUUAUCCUCUUCUUUGUCUACAUGGACAAGGUGAAUGAGAAUGCCAGGCAGGACUUGAAAGACGGCCUGCUGCUGUACAACACAGAGAACAACGUGGGCCUUAAGAAUGCCUGGAACAUCAUCCAGGCUGAGAUGCACUGCUGUGGUGUCACGGACUACACAGACUGGUUCCCGGUGCUGGGGGAGAACACAGUGCCCGACCGCUGCUGCGUGGAGAACUCUCAGGGCUGCGGGCACAACACCACCACCCCGCUGUGGAGGACGGGCUGCUAUGAAAAGGUGAAGAUGUGGUUUGACGACAAUAAGCAUGUGCUUGGCACGGUGGGCAUGUGCAUCCUUAUCAUGCAGAUUCUGGGCAUGGCCUUCUCCAUGACCCUCUUCCAGCACAUCCACCGGACUGGCAAAAAGUAUGAUGCCUGAGCUGCGGCCGGGGGCACCCAGGCCCCAUGUGGACACUGUGCCGGGAAGGAUCUGAUUGGAGCUCUGUGUUGCCUGCCUGCACUCUCCAGACUGCUGAACCCUCACCUGCCUCCCCAGCCCACCCUCCUGGCUCUGCACCAGCCUUCUUGGUGGGUGGAGGGCCAGUGCGGAGGAGGUGCAGAGACCUCGCGGUGCUGGAGGGCCUGGAUUCCUGCAUCUGUGUAUUUGCCAAAGAAGACAGUGUGGGCCAGGGUGCACUCAAGGAGCCCCCCAGCACUGAUACGUCUCUGCCCUGCCUGUCUCAUCCUGAUACUCUGUCCCCUGUGGGCUGGGGAGCAAAGUGCCCCCUCCUGGUGGAGAGACUGCCUGGUGGAGGCCACCCUGUGGGUGGGCUGCAGGGCUGGCGGGGCAGGGGUCUGACUGCCUUGGGCAAGGCCACUGGAGUGUCUCGCCUGGCUUUUUAUACCUUACAGUGUAACUUUUUUAUUUUAUUUUACUCUGAUUACAAUUAUUCAGGAAUAUUAUCUCUCAGAUAAGUUUAGGGUUAGCUUUCUGAUUUAUAACUUUGUACUGCGUUGAUUUCUGUAACGGUUUGAUUUUUUUCCUGUCGGGUGGGGAGCGAGGAUGUCCGUCCAGUCUCAGUCAGGACAAACCACUGUGCACCGCUCAGGGGCUCCCGGGUGAGACGUGCCAGCAUCUCAGGACACCCUGCGAGGGAGGGGGCGCAGGCCAGGACCGGGUGUCUGCGGCACCCCAGCCUAGAAGAGGCAGGUGAUGUGGAGGAGUAUGAAGCAGCGCGGAGGGGCACCGGCACAGGAGCGGCACGCGUGCGGCGUCCAAGGCCCAAGCAGGGGUCCCCCGGGGCCUGCAGAGUGCCCUGCCAGGCAUGGGGCCAGGGCUGUCGUGGGUUCUGACACGUCACUGAGGAGCAAUUCUUCCUUUUUCUCCCUCUUCCUUCUUCCUGCCCUCCACUGGCAUCAGAGGCUCCCCCUUCCGCCCUCUGUGGGCACUUCCGCAACAGGUUCACUUUCACAGACAUUCCUGCUAGAAACUCGGACAGAUACCUCUCUAGUUCACAUGCUGCUCACUUUCUCACAUUGCUUCUGGAAGGGGAAGCAGUCCUUACGUUUACUGCUCAGACGGUGGCAGAGAACUCAUGACCGUGGGGUGGGGAAGGUGGGACUAGUGCCCAAGACCCUUCCAGCCAGAUUCACCAGGCUGCUGACUGCCUGCUGGGAGGUGGGAGGGGUGUCCAUCCGGGUCUCAGGACCUCCAUUUCCUUCCUUGGGGUUCACUGAUGGUGGGGUGGGUGGGGCAGUCACAUCCUCUGUGACCACAAGUGGAUGGGCAGAGAGGCCAGACUGGGUCUGGUUACAGUGGCCCCAGGAAGGGGGCAGCCAAUGUACGGCAUGGUUGGUGGACAGGCGGGAUGGGGCAUUGGAUGGCAGCAGGGUACCCUCGCCAGCACUCAUGCUGGCCUAAGGGCGUGUUUUGCAUUUUAAAAACCUAAAGUCCAGAAUCCAUGGGACUGAGCUUGGAGCGGUUGCCCACUUGGUAGGAUACCGUGCACUUCCCUGGAUUCACCCUCUCGGGGGGCCACCUUUCCUACUCCAUUUGACUUACUACCUUGAUUUCCCACUGGGCCCACAUCUCUCCAGCUGCCACCUGGCCACCCGGCCAGCAACCCAUCCUCUCCCCUAAGGGAAACACAGGUGGGACUUCUGGUGUGUUCAGGAUGCACAAUUUUGGCAGGUAGGACUGGAAAGUAGGAUGGUCUCAGCAAGUCUCGCAGAGUAAAGACCACAUCCCUGAGACACCAGCCCUGAUGCCCAAGGGGAAGGCGGGAAGGUGGGUCCUUGGGUGGGGGAUGGGGCAAGUGCACGUUUGAGUAAAGCUGCCUUCCUGGGUGCCCUGGCCUCUGCUUCCAGGUGAAAAACCACCAUGCCCCUCCAGAGAGGCCCUCAGCAAACAAGCAUUCAGUGGCACAGUGGGGCCUGGUGCAAAAUGAGUGUGUGCUGGGGGGCUUGUUUACGCCUAUCAAUGCAAUUUUUAAUUUUUGUUAAAGCCAACAGCAAAAGCCUAGCACUUUGGGAAAUGGGUGUACCCCUACUACCCCAGCCAUCUUACGUCUCUGGAACUCUAAGCGUGUCCUCUGGCCUGGAGCCUUUGCCGCAGCCCCUCCGCCCCCCACCAGUCCCACCUCAUGUCUGUCUGCAGAGCCUUGUCCACAGUUCCCCAGACUGACUGUUGCCUCAUGUGCUUGGCUGUUUUUUCAUCUGGCCUAGGCAGCACCAGGUGGGAGGCUCCGUGCGUGAGGGUGGGGGUGCCCUUCCAAGCCCCUUGCCCUCUACUGCUCUGUGAUGGUGGCCUGGUGUCUUCUUACUUCUCCUGACUCCGGUCCCAUCGGGAUGGAAUUAGCGCAACGAAUCCCUCACUUGUGGGCCUCCCUUGCCACAGUCAGAGUUGGUCUCAUCAGGUUUGACGCAGGCAGCUGGCAGACUUGACUCAGAAGGCCAAGGUUCUGCAGACAACGUCAAGGGAUGUUGCAGACCCAGCCUUUCUCCGCAGCCAUUGCUUAGAGGAGGGGGGCGAGCAGGGGCUGAGAACUGCCUGGAGGGGACUGCAGUGGGUGCACCCCACUGGAGCACUGUCCCCCUUCUCCCGCCAGCACGGGCCUGCAUCCUGAGCUCUCUCUGGAAAGACUGUUCACUGCACUGCAGACCCUCACACACAAGUUCUGGUUUGACUCAGAACCAGGUGGCUGUUCCCCUCACUUUGGUGUAAGAGCAGUCAGGUGGAUGGAAAGGGCUGUCCCCUCCUCUCUGGCCCCCUGCCCACCUGGUGGUGGAGGUGCUAACAAGCAGGGACCUGGCAUAGGAUGGGAGCUGGAUGUUGGGGACCAGGGGAGUGCUCUGUCCCUCAGCCCUUCAGGUCUGGCCUCUUGGGGUCUGUCCUCCCACAUCCCCACCUCCCCGGAUGGACGGGUUCCUGCAGAGCAAAGCCUCGUGCCCACGCUGCCCUGCCCUGGGCCAGGAGAGCAGGGAGAGCACGCUUGCUGGUUUCAGAUGCACUUUUCUGCUUGCAGUGCCGUAUCUGCGCGUUUCCUUCACCCUGGUCCUGGCUUUAUUGAACGCCAAGUUUUUAGCAUGUUUUUAAAUAAAAUCUGAUCAAGUGUCAAAAAAGCA